AAAAAAAAAAAGGAAAGAGAAGAAGAGAGCAGGGAUGGAGAGAAGCGUUCAGACGGAGGAGAUGACCUCGGGUGAUGCCGGCGGCCGCAUAAUCCCCAUCCCAACGGACGACCGGAGGUCCGUUUGGUCGCAGGCGUCCGUCCUCCGCGUUCUCGUCUUCCUCCAUUCCUUCUUCCUCUCGCUCCUCCUCCUGCUCCGCCGCGGUGGAUGCCAGAACCUUAGCUCCUCCAAGGCCGCACCGCCGCCAUCGCUCUAUUCUCUGAGGCGGAGGGCAGCGGCGGAGGAGGACGACGUGCGGAGGCGGAGGGCCCUGGCCGAGGGCUUGGUCAUGGUGGAACCGUCGGACGGCGAGGAUGGCGUCUCCUCGUGCAAGUCAGAGACGUUCUUGCUCGCCGGAGCGAGGAGGGACGCGCUUUUCUGCCGAUCGUGGGUGCCGGCGUCCGGGGGUAUGAAAGGCAUUUUGGUGAUUAUUCAUGGUCUUAAUGAGCAUAGUGGAAGAUACGCACAUUUUGCUAAUCAACUCACGUCAUACAAUUUUGGUGCAUAUGCGAUGGAUUGGAUAGGUCAUGGUGGCAGUGAUGGAUUGCAUGGAUAUGUGCCUUCGCUAGAUUAUGUUGUUGCAGACACGAUGGCAUUCCUAGAGAAAAUCAAAAUAAAAAAUCCUGGAGUGCCGUGCUUCCUAUAUGGCCACUCAACUGGUGGUGCUGUUGUUUUGAAGGCAGCUUUGAAUCUUCAAACUGAGGACAUAUUUCGUGGCAUUGUUCUGACUUCUCCAGCACUGCAUGUAAAACCGGCUCAUCCAAUUAUUGGGGUUGUAGCUCCUCUUGUUUCUCUUGCACUCCCCAAGUUCCAAUUCAAAGGAGCUAAUAAAAGGGGGAUCCCAGUGUCCAGGGACCCAGCUGCGAUGAUGGCCAAGUAUUCUGAUCCAUUGGUGUACACUGGACCAAUAAGGGCUCGAACAGGUUAUGAGAUCCUGCGCAUAUCGUCUUACCUGAUGCAGAACAUACAGGCAGUCACCGUCCCUUUCUUGGCAUUGCAUGGGACUGCUGAUAGGGUCACUGAUCCUUUAGCCACUGAGGACCUGUACAACCAUGCUACCGCAAAAUGCAAGGAUAUAAAACUAUAUGAAGGAUUCUUACAUGACCUCCUCUUCGAACCUGAGCGUGACGAAGUUGGAGCAGAUAUCAUAGACUGGAUGGAGAAGAGAUUAGUCUAACUCUUCCGAAGGGACCUAUGGAGGUAUAUAUGACCAAUGCUUUAUAAUUUCUGGCGAAGUGGGCUUGGAGUGAUAUGGUUUGCUUCAGUUCACUUGGAUGCAAGGAUUGUAAAACCUCAGUUUAUAUAUGUGAAUAGUAAAUUAUUGUUUGAUUGCAAUGCAAGUGUUUUAAUUUUAGAUCAGGUA